AUGUCCAAGAACCUGAAGCAAGUGGCUGUGCUGCUUGUGGCACUACUGUGCCUAGAUUCUCACGGCCGUGUCAGCUCUGCACCCAUCUGUGCACAUGGGCCAACGGGAUGCCACGUCCCCACACUGGCUGAUCUCUUCGACAGGGUCAUUCUGCACUCUGCCAGAAUGCACAGCCUCUCCAAUGAUCUGCACUCAGAGUUUGAACAGUAUUUCCUGCCCAGCAAAAACUACAUUGGAAAGAUCUAUCGCAAAUGUCACACCUCUAACAUACUUACUCCAAAUGGCAAAGAGAACGCACAGAAACUAGCACAUGAAGAGUUGACAGAGGUGAUUCUUAAAUUGCUGAUGGCCUGGAGGGACCCGCUGUUCCAGCUGCACCAGAACAUGGCUCACCAGCAAGAUUUCAACAGCUUCAGCAGUAAUAAAGCCCUGGAGAUGGGCGACAUGGCUCACGAGAUGAGGAAAGGGGUUGAGAAAGUAGCUGAAAAGAUGAGGGUACUGGGCAUGCUCGGCAAUUCUCUGACAGGCCUGUCUUCACAUGAAGUCAUGCUUCCUGUCUCUGACAGUGGAGAAGCCAUGAGUGACUAUGAGCUCCUCUACUGCUUUCGCCGUGAUUCUAACAAAGUCCAGAACUAUCUAAAGAUCCUGAAGUGCAGAAUCGUACCUGAGCACAAUUGUUAA